UGUACUUUCAAUAUUCGUGAAUCGAAAGUGAAAGUGAUGAUCACUAAAUAAAAGGAAAUCUAACUGCAAGCAGUCACAAGAGACGCACUGAUAACACCAGGAAAACGCAUUAUAAUAACAGCUCCUCCACCUUCUGUCGGACUCAAGAAAGCCAUUAUCAGGCAACAAAUAGUGGACGGAGAAGUGGUCUCUCAGAGCGAACAGAGCAAAAUCCUAAUCACAACAACCACAUUUUUGGGGAGGAAGAGGAGUUAACAGAACAAAUGGAGUUAGCAAUGGAAAAGGCAAAAGAAGAGCAAGAGGAGUGGGGAAAACAAAUGGAGUUAGCGAUAGAAAAGGCGAAAGAAGAGCAAGAGGAUUUGGCAGAACAAAUGGGGUUAGCAGUGGAGUUGGCGAUGGAAAAAGCAAAAGAAGAACAAGAGGAGUGGGGGCAACAAGAGGAAUUAGCAAUGGAAAAGUGGAAAGAUGAGCAAGAGGAGCGUGGACAACAAAUGGAGUUAGCAGUGGAGUUGGCGAUGGAAAAAGCGAAAGAAGAACAAGAGGAGUGGGGACAACAAGAGGAAUUAGCAAUGGAAAAGUGGAAAGAUGAGCAAGAGGAGCGUGGACAACAAAUGGAGUUAGCAAUGGAAAAGUGGAAAGAUGAGCAAGAGGAGUUGGCAGAACAACUGGAGUUAGAGGUGGAAAAGGCGUUCGCAAAAUAAAGAGUUAGCAGAACAACCAAUGUAGAGGAAGAUGAUUAGGUGGAGGAAACAGAAGUAACCUGCUGAACACGAUGAGGUGGAGGAAGCUUCUCAAGAUGAUAUGUUGGAGAACGAGUGACUUUCGAUUGCCUCAUCCUAAUCAGCAUUAGCGGUUCUUCAUCUCUGUCUUUCCUUCUUAUAGCUCAAUUUUUCUUUGUGAUGACCAUGACUAUUUUAUCAAUCUCCUUUGCCACAUUAAAACAUGUAUGAGUUUAAUUUUCUGCUCAGUGUUGUUAUUUUAUAAUGUACUUUGGCAAUCAAAAGUUUGGAGUCAGUCAUCAUAAUGUUUGAUUCUGAAAGAAAAUAAUAGGCCUACAUUCAGCAUGGGUGGACCAAAAUUAGACAGC